UCACAGGGGUGGUUUGUCCCUUCUCCUCCCUGCACAGAGCCGGGCCGGGCCUGAGCCCGGGGGCGCCAUGUACGAGCUCAACGAGAGCAGCUUCGACCCCAUCACCUUUGUGCUGACGGGCAUCCCGGGCAUGGAGGAGUCCCACGUCUGGAUCUCCGUGCCCUUCUGCCUGAUGUACCUCACCGCCGUGCUCGGCAACCUGCUGCUGCUCUUCCUCAUCGCCACAGACCGCAGCCUGCACGAGCCCAUGUACCUGUUCCUGGCCAUGCUGGCACUCUCGGACCUGCUGCUGUCCACCGCCACCGUGCCCAAAAUGCUGGCCAUCUUCUGGUUCGGCGCCAGGGAGAUCUCCUUCGAUGCCUGCAUGGCGCAGAUGUUCUUCACCCACUUCAGCUUCAUCGUGGAGUCCUCGGUGCUGCUGGCCAUGGCCUUCGACCGCUACGUGGCCGUGUGCGCCCCGCUGCGCUACGGGGCCCUGCUGACGCCCUCGGCCAUCGCCAAGGUGGCGGCGGCCGCCGUGGCCCGCGGGCUGUGCAUCAUGUGCCCGCCCGUGUUCCUGCUGAAGCGCCUGCCCUACUGUGGGCACAACGUCAUGCCCCACACCUACUGCGAGCACAUGGGCAUCGCCCGCCUGGCCUGCGCCGACAUCCGCGCCAACGUGUGGUACGGGCUGACCACGGCGCUGCUCUCCUCGGGGCUGGACGUGGUGCUCAUCGCCGCCUCCUACGCGCUCAUCCUCAGGGCCGUGUUCCGCCUGCCCACCCCGCGCGCGCGCCUCAAAACCCUCGGCACCUGCGGCUCCCACCUCUGCGUCAUCCUCAUGUUCUACGUGCCCGCCUUCUUCUCCUUCCUCACGCACCGCUUCGGCCGCCAGGUGCCCGGGCAGGUGCACAUCCUGCUGGCCAACCUCUACGUGGUGGUGCCACCCAUGCUCAACCCCAUCGUCUACGGGGUGAGGACGCGGCAGAUCCGCGAGCGCGUCGCCCGCCUGCUCUGCCCCGCGGGCGCCCGCUGUGCCUGCCCCGGCUGGGGGGGCGGCUGCUGA